GUAUCUGGGUUCUUGCAGCAAAAGACCAGGCGAGACUCCCUUUCUAGUUUCUGGCGUGAAUCGCCUUUCAGACAAUCAAGUUGAGCUGCUUCAGAAACAUCAAACUCAAUGUUAGCAACAUUACUGAACGGGGGUUUCGCGGGCGCGGUCACAAGAUGCUGCCAUCACGCGGAACUUGCUCGCCUGGGCACUGCGGUUCUCUCGCACACACAGCAGGCAUCGUAUAAUACAUCAAGUGCAGCGGAUCCUAUUGCAAGCGUCUCAGCGCCAGGCCUGCCACCAACGCUGGCGCAGCUACAAGCGACCAUGCGCGCUCGCCGCAGCCCAGCCAUCAAUACCCUCGACGCGCAGCUGCAGCAGGCGGACGCCUCGCCCGCUUCUGCCCCCUCCCCCUCCUCCCCAUCAUCCGCUCCACUAGCUCCAUCAGACCUCGAUGAUGUGCUGUGCCGGCACACGCUGCGUCUGCCGAAGCCGGCGUCCACCGGCCAGGAGGCAGCGCUGCGCCUGCUCAGCCGCUUCAAUGGCGCGCUGCCCUCCCUUCGCGGCCAGACCAUCCUCGCGAAGGUCCUCUCGGUGGACUCAGAACGCGUCACGGUGGAUACUGGCUACAACGGCGUCGCGGAGGUGCCGCGCGCCGACGUCAGCAUCGCGCACGUGCACACGGCCGACGGCGCGGCGCCGGUGCGGCCCACCACCUCGGACGUGCGCCCCGGCGACCUGCUGCGCCUGCGCGUGGACGCGCCCUACACGCCCUACGGUGACAUGCAGCUGACGGCGGUGCGCGAGGAGAGCGAGUUCAAGCGGCGCUUGGCGUGGGGCGAGCUGCGGCGGGCCAUGGAGGCGGGGCAGCCGGUGUCGGGCCGCGUGCUGAAUGACUGCGUGGGCGGCUUUGCAGUGGGCGUGGCGGGCUUCGUGGCGUUCCUGCCAAGCGCCAUGGCGGCGCGCGACACGACGCAGCGCGUGGGGUCGCUCCAGUCGUUCCGUAUCGUGGCUAUGGAUGAGGCGCGGCGGCGGAUCACGCUGCGCGACGCGGGCGUGGCGGCGGCGGGUUUCCGCCGCGUCGGGUAGUGUGCGGGGCAUGUGAGGAAGCGUUGGUCAUGCUGCUGCAUGCCGGUGGUGUCUCUGGGACCUGAUUAUUGAAGUUCAUUCGCGGUGGAGACCGUGAACUAACGUCUGGAAGGUGCUGCGCGCCUGCAAGCGCGGAUGCAGAUGUAUGUUGGCCAGGCCGUUCAUGCCAGGCGUGGGGCGAGCGCAGCAGCCUGGUGUACAGAACUGUGCCGCUUGAAAUUUUGGACACAGCUUAGACCACGUAAAGGUAAAGAGGCGCUGGGCGGGCGAGGAUGGGUUAAGUGUCCGUGCAUGAUGUUAAGGCCUUCGAGGGCUGAGUGACAGUCAGGUGGGGCUUUGCAGGAGGGGCGACAUGGCCGGAUGCGAUGCACAUGAUGACACGAAUGACAGGGCGUCCAAGGCUUUCGUUGAUGUUGACGCGUCACGCAUGUGUUCAAUCACUCAUUGCCAAGCCUGAGACCCCAAAUCCAUGUAUAGCACUGUUUGGGUGUUUAGUAAGCGGAGAUGCAUCAUGCAGCCGGAGCCGUCAUGGGCCUGU